AAUUUAAUUAAACUAAAUUAGUAUUAAUCCGAAAACUUGAAAUUGUUGCUUCCUUCCUCCUUUGGCUUCUUCCUCAAUUCUCCGAUCAAAAUGGCUCACAUGGUGAGAGCGAGCUCUGGCCUUGCUUACCCGGAGAGAUUCUACGCCGCCGCAUCGUACGUUGGCCUCGACGGAUCUCAAUCGUCGGUGAAACAACUCAGCUCCAAAUUCUCCAACGACACCUCUUUGCUUCUCUACGCGUUGCACCAGCAGGCUACUCAAGGACCUUGUAGUAUUCCAAAACCUAGUGCGUGGAAUCCAGUAGAGCAAAGCAAAUGGAAAAGUUGGCAGGGGCUUGGAACCAUGCCCUCCAUUGAAGCAAUGCGUCUCUUUGUGAAAAUUUUAGAGCAAGAAGAUCCUGGUUGGUAUCCAAGGGCAUCUAACUCUGUUCUAGAGCCUGCUGUAGAUGUCCAAAUCAAUAGCACAAAGGCCGAGCCUAGUUUUGAGAGUGGAGCUUCAUUUGGUGAGACAAAGUCGAUUUCUACCGAGGAUGAGCGCUUGACGGUAACGCAAGAUAAAGAUGUAGUUUUGGAAGACCCAAAUACUGUUUCUGUGUAUAAUAAGUGGACUGCACCACGAACACCAGGUCAGCCACCAAAAGCUCGGUAUGAGCAUGGAGCAGCGGUUAUUCAAGAUAAGAUGUAUGUGUAUGGUGGAAACCACAAUGGGCGUUAUUUAGGUGAUCUUCAUGUUCUAGAUUUAAAAAACUGGACUUGGUCAAGAGUUGAAACCAAGGUUGUGACUGAAUCACAGGAAACUUCAUCUCCAGCAAAACUAACUCACUCUGCUGGUCAUUCUUUGAUACCAUGGGAAAGCAAGCUUUUGUCUGUCGGUGGUCAUACAAAGGAUCCCUCAGAAUUCAUGAUAGUGAAGGAAUUUGAUCUGCUUAGCUGUUCAUGGUCAAUCUUAAAGACACACGGGAAGCCACCAAUUUCGCGUGGAGGUCAGUCAGCGACCCUUGUGGGAAAAAGCUUGGUGAUAUUUGGUGGCCAGGAUAGAAAGAAAUCGCUCCUAAACGAUUUGCAUAUACUUCAUCUAGAUACCAUGACCUGGGAUGAGAUAGAUGUCGUGGGUUCUCCUCCAACUCCAAGGUCUGACCAUGCUGCAACAGUGCACGCUGAGCGUUACCUUCUAAUCUUUGGUGGAGGAUCACAUACAACUUGUUUUGAUGAUCUGCAUGUUCUCGAUCUGCAAACUAUGGAGUGGUCAAGACAUAUAACACAACAAGGUGAAGCACCAACUCCACGUGCUGGACACGCUGGUGUGACAAUUGGGGAAAAUUGGUAUAUUGUUGGUGGUGGAGAUAACAAAAGCGGGGCAUCUAAGACUGUUGUUUUAAAUAUGUCAACUCUUGCGUGGUCAGUAGUCACUUCAGUCCAAGGACAUGUGCCUCUCGCUAGUGAGGGAUUGAGUUUAGUUGUGAGCUCAUACAAUGGCGAAGACAUAGUUGUUGCUUUUGGUGGAUACAACGGACAUUACAACAACGAAAUAGUUUUUUCCGCUGUUAAUAACGCCACGACUAGAGAUAUUGAGUCUGAGAUCGAGGUGAGCCAAGAAGGCAAAGUAAGGGAAAUUGUCAUGGAUAAUGUUAACUCCAGAUUAAAGGUUGAAGGAAAAGCCGAACGCAUUAUCACAACCCUUAAAUCCGAAAAAGAAGAAGUGGAGGCAUCACUCAACAAGGAAAAGAUACAAACUCUCCAACUAAAGGAAGAGUUAGCAGAGAUUGACACACGAAAUACAGAGUUGUACAAGGAACUUCAGUCUGUGCGGAAUCAACUUGCAGCGGAACAAUCAAGGUGUUUCAAACUAGAGGUUGAAGUUGCAGAACUAAGACAAAAGCUUCAGACAAUGGAAACACUUCAAGAGGAACUUGAACUCCUCCAACGUCAAAGAGCCGUUGCGUCUGAACAAGCCGCCACCAUGAACGCCAAACGACAGAGCUCUGGUGGCGUCUGGGGUUGGCUCGCUGGAACUCCUCCGCCUAAAACAUGAUUCCCCCAUGAAUUUUUUUGUUUCCGGUACCUCUUUUUUUUGUCAUUACCAAUAUCAGUAUUUUCAAAAAAGAAUAUAGACAAACUUUUUGU